UCAAAGUGUCCCUUUAUUUAUUUAUUUAUUUUUUUUUUACCUACUCAUAACUUAUAGGCAGUGGAAUAAUAUCAAGUAUUGAAAUUGCUCUCUUAAAACUGUAAUAUCGUACCAUUUCAGCGUGUGCCUGAACGUAGCAGAGGAAGUUGUUGUCGUUGAGCGCGUCAACAUGGUGAAAUUUGGGCUACAGUUUAAAGCCACGCUGGAAAAUGUUACCAACGUGAGGCCAGUUGGGGACGAUUUUCGAUGGUUUUUGAAGCUCAAGUGUGGCAGCUGUGGAGAGAUAUCCGAUAAAUGGCAAUAUAUCACUCAGGCGGAAAGUACCCCUUUAAAAGGUGGACGAGGAAGUGCUAGCAUGGUGCAAAAAUGCAAACUCUGUUCCAGGGAAAAUUCUAUUGAUAUCCUUGGGGACACAAUUAAACCAUAUAAUGCUGAGGACAGUGAAUGCUUCAAGACAAUGAUACAGUUUGAAUGUCGAGGUUUGGAACCUGUUGACUUUUGGCCACAAGCUGGCUUUGCAGCGGAGGGAGCCGAGUCUGGAACACCUUUUCCUGAAAUUACCCUCUUAGAAAAAGACUGGACUGAUUAUGAUGAAAAGGUCAGCGAAUCAGUAGGAAUAUAUGAAGUUACCCACAAGUUUAUAAAGUGUUAAAGUCAUUUCAACAUAAAUAUAACUAAAUCAUAAAUAAUCCAGAUGUUAUCCAGGGGCUUCUUAACACUAACACAAAUAUUCUGGAAAAAAACUCUUCUUUACAGUUUAAAUGAAUUAUAUUUUUCAUGUCAAUAAAACUGGCAGUGUUA